AUGUCUAAGGGAGGGAAGAUCAUUGACUUCGAUUGGAUAAAGGAGUUCCUGGACUUGUCCGAUGAGGAAUCAAAACAUGUCGUCUUGUCGGAGGUGAAAAUUGUGGACGAUGACGAUGAUGAUUGCGUGAUUCUGGAUGGUGACCCAGAAAACCGAGUCACCACCCUGAAUGACUCACCAACUGAGUCAGACGAGUUGCUUGUUGUUGGGGAGAAGGGACAGAUUGCGUGCAGAGACUAUCCUCAUCCCCGGCAUCUUUGUGUCAAAUUCCCUUUUUCUUCCACCCCACACGAGAAACACUGUGACCAAUGCCACUGUUAUGUGUGUGACUCGGUAGCACCUUGUCUGAAGUGGGGCACUGGCCUUUCAGGCACAGAUCAUUGUCAUGCAACUGAUAAAUCUGAGACAUGGAGAACUCUGAGGAAAAAUUUCAUUUUGGGAAAGGCUGCCCCAUCACUUGUUUCAACCAAUGGUAGUACUUUGGGUGAUGUCACGAAUGUCCAACAUAAUCAUAGUCUACCACUUGACAUUAGGCUAUUGUCUCCAAAUUUCAUGUUGAAUGAGACAUCAAUGGCAACUGCCACACAUACAUGCUCCCCAGUAAAUUUCAUACCUCAAAGUCAAGCCUCCAGAUCAGUUAUAAUGCAUACGCACCCGCCACUGAAUUCCAGGCCAAAUAUUGGUAGAUGUCGAGAGUCAGGAUCUACUUUGCUGAGAAACAGAUACCAGUCUCGUUCCAUUCCACAGCGUGUGCUUGGUGUGCGCAAUCAUGGCAUUCAAAGGGUGAAAAGACAUGGAAACGAUUUAGGGCCUCAGUUCCUCAGUUCUCAUGCCAUGCUUGAAGGGUUGGGCAGCGUUGGUGUUCGGAGCACCCUGCCAAUGAACCAUUCUACUCAUGGUGCUUCUGCAUUCAGCAAUAGUGUCAAUCAUGCUUGUGCAACUGGAUUUUCAAAUAACAAAACUUGUUAUGGAGAAAAUGAUGUUUAUGUCCCCCAAAAUUUAUUGUACCCUUUUCCUUGCUCUCAGAAAGAAAACCUCAGCUCGGUCAACAAUCGAAUAACGAAUGCAAGUUAUGAAAGCCAAGCAUGUUACGAUUCAAAUGGUAGCCAAACUUUGUAUGCUUAUUCUGUUCAAGGUAGCAAUGAUCCUUCAAGUCAUGUGGUUGGACUGGGUAGAAAUCAGUCUAUAAACGAGCAACAAACGGGAUGUCAAAAUGAAAAUGCUUGUGGAAAUGUAACCCAAAGUGGAACUGCAAUUCAAUACUUUUUCCAACAGAAACAUCAUGAUGCGUGUCAAAUUGAAUCUGCACUAAGGGCAGAUUUUUCAGCCUUUCACUCAAGUAGGAUUGAGGUUACCAAUCAAAGCAUGACUUAUCUACAAGGCUCAGAUUCUAUGAACACAUCAUCCAAUGUCAAAGAGUCUGGUACCCAGUUUCCCGGAAGCACUGGUCUUGGCUCGGUGGAUGAUAUCAAAAGGUGGCUUUUUAACGAAGAAAACUCAGUCCUGGAUGAUACUUUGGCAUCUGAACUUAACAUGCCAUAUCCUGAUGCCGACAUGCUCUUAUUUGAUUUUGACAAUUAUUGGGAUUGUCUGGCCUUUGUCUAG